AUGGGGCUACUGGAAUCUAACAAGAAGCCUCCUCGCAGCCCUCAGCCCGGGCCGUCGGGGAGUCGGCAGCGGGAGGCUGGGCGGGCCCGGCUGCGGGUCCCUAACCCUGCGGGGCCUCGUCCCCCAGCCCCGCGCCCCUACUGCCCCAAGGAGCCCGGGGAGGCGCGGCCGAGCCCCGGGCUGCCGGUCGGGCCGGCCGCGGGCGACGCGAAGCUGGCCGAGGAGGAGCCGCCGAAGAAGAAGCACCGGCGGAACCGCACGACGUUCACCACCUACCAGCUGCACGAACUGGAGCGCGCCUUCGAGAAGUCCCACUACCCCGACGUGUACAGCCGCGAGGAGCUGGCGGGGAAGGUCAACCUCCCCGAGGUCCGGGUCCAGGUGUGGUUCCAGAACCGACGCGCCAAGUGGCGGCGACAGGAGAAGCUGGAAAUGUCGUCCAUGAAGCUGCAGGACUCUCCCCUGCUCUCCUUCCGCCGUUCCCCGCCCUCAGCCGCUCUGGCGCCCCUGAGCGCAGGCCCCGGGGGCGGCGGGGGACCGCCAGGGGGCGCCCUGCCGCUGGAGACGUGGCUCGGGCCUCCACUGCCGGGAGGGGGCGCCACGGCGCUGCAGAGCCUGCCCGGCUUUGGGCCGCCGGCGCCCAGCCUGCCCGCCAGCUACACGCCGCCGCCGCCGCCCUUCUUGAACUCGCCGCCGCUGGGACCUGGCCUGCCGCCGCUCGGGCCACCGCCGCCCGCCUACCCGUGCGCCCCUGACUUCGGGGACAAGUGUCCGCUGGACGAGGCGGACCCACGCAACAGCAGCAUCGCGGCGCUGCGCCUGAAGGCCAAGGAGCAUAUCCAGGCCAUGGGGAAACCGUGGCAGGCCCUCUAG